AUGUUUCACUGGAUAGAAUCUGUAGAUCAACUUAAAUGACACCUCUUUUACCUUAUUUGUUAGAAGGAACUUUUGCGGUAAAGACCAAACAAGUGUACCAACAAGUGUACCACUGUUGUGACGUAGGGGCGCAUUCCGUGAUGUUUGUCCCUCACGGUCUGCCGUAGUCGGAAACAUGGCUUCGUUAGCGCUGGUUAGCCGUCCUGUGAGUGUCCUUCCAAAGAUUACAAGUAGCUGCUCCCCUGCUGUAUUGUCGGCUGCCUCGGUCACCACAGUCCAGCAGAGGAAGCUCCACCAUGCUGUCAUCCCCAAAGGGAAAGGAGGACGCUCCUCCUCCAGUGGAAUAGCGGCAACGGUGUUUGGUGCCACAGGUUUUCUGGGUCGAUACGUGGUCAACAGGCUGGGUCGGAUUGGCUCUCAGAUUGUCAUCCCUCACCGCUGUGAUCAGUAUGACCUCAUGUACUUGAGGCCCAUGGGUGAUCUUGGACAGAUCAUUUUCAUGGAGUGGGAUGCCAGGAACAAAGACUCCAUCAAACGGGCUUUGGAGCACUCUAAUGUUGUCAUCAACCUAGUGGGCAGAGAGUGGGAGACAAGGAACUAUCGCUAUGAGGAUGCCUUCGUGACCAUCCCUCAGCAGAUUGCCAAGGCAACCAGAGAGGCCGGCAUCACAAAGUUCGUCCACAUGUCUCACCUCAACGCUGACAUACGCAGCCAGUCCAAAUACCUGAGGAACAAGGCUGUAGGAGAGACAGCAGUGAGAGAUGAAUUUCCUGAAGCGAUCAUCAUGAAGCCCUCUGAGAUCUUUGGGAGGGAGGACAGAUUCUUCAACUACUAUGCAAACAUGCGCUGGUUUGGCAAUGCUGUUCCACUCAUAUCUCUGGGGAAAAAGACUGUGAAGCAGCCUGUUCAUGUGGUGGAUGUGGCCAAGGCUAUUAUCAAUGCUGUCAGAGACCCUGAUGCUAAUGGGAAGACAUUUGCAUUAGUUGGUCCCAACCGUUACCUCCUUCAUGACCUGGUGGAGUACAUCUACGCCCUGGCACACAGACCUUUUGUGCCCUACCCCCUACCCCGCCCACUCUAUCACCUUGCUGCGCAGUUUUUCGCAAUGAACCCAUUUGAGCCCUGGACAACCGCAGACAAAGUCGACAGGUUUCACACAACAGACAUGAAGUACCCAGGACUUCCUGGUCUGGAAGAUCUUGGUAUCACUCCCUCCACUGUAGAGCAAAGGGCAAUUGAGAUUCUGCGACGCCAUCGCCGAUUCCGUUACCUGGAAGCUGACCUGGAUGAGACAAAACCAGCCAAGACUGUCAACUAUUAAACUACCAACAACACCAACCAGGGCAGCCAGAGGACGUCAGUUUCUCUGAUUGUUUGGUCUUUAACUAUGUUCUGUAAAUACAUUAAAAAAAUGAUCCUCUAAA